GACGAAGAUCAAUAGGGAGAUCUCUGAGAUGGGACUUUAACAUAUUUUUGAAAUGAAUGCAAGUCUUCAUUGUCUUGUUAUUAUUUUGAUACUUUCAAAUGUCAACGUAUCACUCCAAUUUGUUGUUGAUUACAUGUCCGGCAAUUUGGGAGAGAAAUACGAAGGUGCAGUCUCAAUUCGCAAGAAAAAUAUUUAUGUCUUUACAAAUCCUGUAUAUUUCAACCAUAGCGAGGCUGUGAUUGUUGAAGUCCGUGGAAAUGCGAGUUUAGCAUUUCCUUUGGUUGUUGUUAUUCAACAGCAAAAAACAGUAUCUUCCUUGACUCUUCCUAUCAAAAGUGAAGACAGACAAAAGAUUUAUGCAAUUGCAUCAAACUUUCUAUGCUAUGAUGACCAAUCUUUAUCAAACUUCUCAGUUUCAUUGCUUACAUCAUCCCUUACUCCUGUUAAUUAUACUCUUUAUCCAAAGAUUUUACAUGGCUUCCUGUUAAGAUUGGACAAAGAUCAAAGACUUUUAGCAUCACCAACACAACCAGCAGUAUACUCAUUUCAAUUUCCCACAAAUGUUGAUACUGUACUUGUCAAAGCUGAAUCAAAAAUGUCUGCAUGUAGUAUUGUAUCUAUCCAAGGGACUAAGUGUCCCGUCUUUGACUUGGAGAGCAAUGUUGAAUUUACCGGCCAUUUCCAAACAAUGCGACACAAAUCAGGAAUAGUGGUUAAAAAAGAGAAUUUCCCGAUAAAUAAGUUUUAUAUUGUCGUGGUUGUGCUUUUCACCAAUCAAAGAUGUAGAUCUGGGAAAAAUAAUCAAAAUCCAUUCAGGGAUGAUGUGUUCCGAGGUGCAAACUCACAUGGUUACAGCUCAUCUCGUAAUACACAACGAUUAAAAGAAGUUAAAUUAAAAGUCGUCAAAAUUCCAUCCGAAAAUGAAUAUUUCACACCUAUUCUUGUGCCAAUUUUUGUCUUUCUUUCAUUUUAUUUUAUUGCUGCUGUCGUUAUCUUAUUUCAAAAAAAAUUUCUGAAGAAACAAAUCUAUUCUGGCAGUACAAGCACUUCUGCACAAGAAGGUGAAAACCUUGUGACUACAGAAAAUUUAACGUCAUCAAACUACGGCAGUGUUGUUGUUUCAGAAGGAAAGACUGAACAAUUAUCAACUGCUGUUGAACAAAAUGUUGAUGAUAUCAACGAAGAAGAUGCUGUUGACUUUGAUUUUCUUGCCGAUGUUGAACAGGACAAAGAUGUUUAUCGCCUAAAGAAAUACCUAUUUUUGUCAGAUUUAUCACGAAAAACAAGAAAACGAUUGCACAAAAAAUACAAUCUUUAUCAAUGGUAUUUGAUGAUCAUUGCAGUUUUUUAUACCUUACCAGUAGUCCAGUUGGUUUUUACGUAUCAGAGAGUUUUAAAUGCAAGUGGUGAUCAAGACAUUUGUUAUUACAAUUUUUACUGUAGUCGACCUCUUGGUGCACUAUCAUCAUUUAAUAAUGUUUACAGUAACAUUGGCUACAUUAUGCUUGGAGUUCUAUUUUUUAUUUUGGUCUGGCGAAGGGAUGGUCUACAUCCUAUAGAGAAUGUCGAACAGCGUACUGGUAUUCCCCAUCAUUAUGGUAUUUUUUACGCUCUAGGGCUUUCGUUAAUUAUGGAAGGAAUCUUGAGUGCCUGCUACCAUGUCUGUCCUAGUUAUACAAACUUCCAAUUUGAUACAUCUUUCAUGUACAUCAUUGCCAGUCUUAUAAUUAUUCAACUCUAUUCUACUCGUCAUCCUGACCUUGCAGCUAAACCACAUGUUGUAUUCGCCAUUUUAGCUGCAAUAAUUAUAAUUGCAGUCUCAGGCGUUGUGUUUAAAUCAUAUGUUUUUUGGGCGAUCUUUUGCUUUGUUUUAAUAUCAUUCAGUGUUUAUACAACCACGCAAAUGUAUUACAUGGGAAGGAUUCGAUUUUCUUUUCAAGAGAUGAGGAGAUUGAUUUUAUUUCUCAAACUUGAUCUAUUUUCUUGUCCAAUGUACAAGGACCGAAUGGUUCUGCUUUUGCUGGCUAAUACUGUCAACUGGGGACUAGCCAUCAAUGGGAUUGUAAACGAACCUAAAGAUUUUGCAUCAUAUUUACUCGCAAUAUUGAUUGUCAAUGGGUUGAUCUAUUUGCUGUUUUAUGUUUUUAUGAAGUUAAGGAAUAAAGAAAGAAUUUCUUGCCUUGUUGCUGUUUGUUCAUUUUUCACCCUUGCCUGUUGGAUUGCCUCUCUUUCAUUUUUCAUGCAAGGAUUGACAUCAUGGAGGAAAAGUCCUGCAUACUCAAGAGAAAACAACAAAGAUUGUUUUAUACUCAGUUUUUACGACUACCACGAUAUUUGGCAUUUUCUCUCGGCUAUCAGUCUUUUUUGCUCUUUAAUGAUCUUGUUAACUUUAAAUGAUGAUCUUGAAGAUACUCCAAGAGAAAAAUACGCGUAUUUUAGUGUUGAAAGAAAUAUGUUCAAAUGUCAGUAUAUCAUAAUGUUUGUUAUCAAAUUUAGUUGAAAGAGAUUAAGGGUGCUUGUUGCAUUGACAAACUAAACCUUACUACGUGUUCGUUGGUCAUUCAUAUUCAUGGCAAAAGCAUACUGAAAUUAAAGACGAAAGCGCCGCAAUA